AUGCUCAGCCAGCCGGUGAUCUACGCGGGCGGCGGAAGGGGUUCCCUCACGGUGGAUCUGUUUCUAUGGUGGUUUCACAAAGAGUUCGCGGUCACCGCGAUGGCGAUGCACCCGGACGGCGCGGUCCUAGUCGCCGAGAGCGCGGACUAUCUACCGGCCGAGGCUGACUGCGUCGCCGCCGAUGGAUUGGUCCGGUUGUUCGUGGUGCCUAAAGACUGUCUAGAGAUGAGGAUCGUCAUCAGAGAAUUGAGAAUACGACUGGCCAUCGGUGUACUCUCCAGAGUCUCUUGCGGUGUCCAUCAUCAUCAGCCCGUGAACACGUCGGACGUCGAUCCCCUAAACGCGUACCUUCGUAGAUUCACACUUAAAGAGGCGUUCGCCGAUCUACACAGAGCCUGGCUGAGUAUCAGGUCGGAAACGUUCGUCAGAAGUUGGGUGUUGUCCCAAGAGGAAAACACCGUUGUCGGUUGCUCGAGUCACGGGGCCAGCUUGUCCCCGAGGAUACAGGUGUCGGCCGAUCAAGAGGAGGACAGGAUGCUGCUGAUGGAGCUGCAGAGUUUGGCCAGGGAAGUGGGUCUGGAGGUCAGCGACGAGGAGCUGAGCAAAUGGAUCCUCGACGAGGAGAGCGGGCUGUCGCGUUGCGUAAGGAAGAAGGAGCCCGAGGAGGAUCAUUGCCGCGUGAAGAUCGAAACGGAGGAGAAGUGUCCCGAUUACGGGGACGAGGACGCCGAGGAGACCGGGGAUGAAGACGGUGAGGACGAGCCCACCGCGGAAGAGGCGGUCGGUCUGCUGUCGAGGGUGUUGACUUGGAUGGAAAGGGAGCCUCUCGAUCCAGGACUAUUACUCGCCGUCAGAUCGAUGCGCGAUACAGCCGCACUCAUGGCGAGCAAGAUGGGCCUGGCAGGGACGCAUCCGAGCGGGCUGCCGUUCUUUUGCCCGAACGGGGACCAUCUGACUCAACCGCCCCCCGCCCAUAUGGGAAUCCCGCCGUACGGGACGUUGGAUGCUGGCAAAGCGGCCGCCGCGGCCGGUCUGACGAGGGCGCCGAUGUAUCCCUUCUCCACGGGUCAAUAUCCGUAUCCCAUGCUUAGCCCGGAAAUGUCGCAAGUCGCCGCAACCUGGCACACACCAAGCAUGUACCCCAUCUCCCCGACAAGCGCUAACUUCCGAAGUCCGUAUCCCACGAGUUUGCCCAUCCCAAGUUCUAGUUUAUCAAGUGAUCUCUACCGGUUUUCGCCAACGGGUCUGAUGCCCCCUCAUCCCGGACUGAGUCCGCACGCACACGCACUGACGCCCCACGCGCUGGUGCCAUCCACGCCGAAAUCGGACCAUUCCAGUUUGGAUCACAAUCACAGGUCAACGGUAGAACAGAAGAAUUCUGCAUCGCUAGGGAAUCCGGACAACGGGAAAUCUGUCGAUUCGGGCCAACAGAACAACCAAGAUAAAAAGAAACCCCAUAUAAAAAAGCCUUUGAACGCAUUUAUGCUGUACAUGAAGGAGAUGAGGGCGAAGGUCGUGGCUGAGUGUACCUUAAAAGAGAGCGCUGCGAUCAACCAAAUAUUGGGAAGACGAUGGCACUCGCUAAGCCGGGAGGAGCAGGCGCGGUAUUAUGAGGCGGCCAGGCAGGAGCGCCAUCUCCAUCAGCAACGAUACCCCGGCUGGAGUGCCAGGGAUAACUACGGAUACGGCAGCAAGAAGAAGAAGAGGAAGAAAGAGCGAUCCACAGAUCCCACCGGAGGUAACAACAUGAAGAAGUGCCGCGCCAGGUACGGAUUAGACCAGCAAAGCCAAUGGUGCAAGCCAUGCAGACGUAAGAAGAAAUGUAUCAGAUACAUGGGGGAGGGAGGAGACGGGGACGGCGAAGCUGACGGCGAAGGCGAGGACGAUCACUCGGAGGACAACCUGGGCAGCGUUGGGGAGGCAGGUACUCCCGAGGACGACGAGUCCCUUAGCAGUCCCGGGGGUUUGUCCGCGUUGUCUAGUCUGGCCAGCCCGUCGCUGGUGUUACCGUCGCCCUCGAGCCUGGCCAGCCCGUGUCCGUGCCCCCUGACGCCACCAGUGCCGCCACCGCCCAUCACGAACAACCAAACCGGGCAGACGCACAACAAUCAACCGGCCCAACCGCCGCCGCACCGUAACCCGGUCGGCACGAAUCCCCACGACAUCAACAAUCCCCUUAGCGUGAACCAACUGACCGGACAGUGUAUAAAGAGUGAAGUGGUGCAGGCGCCGUCGGGCACGUCCAAUCCGGCGAUCAGUGUUACGUAGCCCCGGCCGGACCCACGUGACAAGACUGUUGCAACACACCGUGUCAUCCGCGGGGUCCGUGUACGUGUACAGACGGGAAGUGCGGUGGUGGUGGUGGUGGACGCCACAGCGACGGCGACGACGACGAUGGAGACUUGGGGAACGAAGAAAACAGCGUGCUGGUUGCUAUUCUUCGUUUGGAUCGUCGUGGAAUCCGGGAAAAGGCCGAGAAGAACAACAGACAGUCUUCGGUGAAGACCAGUCUGUUGGGG